AUGUUUUCCCGGGGUUUUUGCUUAUUUUUGUUUGCAACUUUCUGGCGCCUUGUUAUAGCAUUGGAGCAACAGAAAGAUGGUGUUUGUCCACCUGUGCUUGAUAUAAUUAUUUUAUUUGACACAUCUGGCGGGAAUGACACAGUUUUUGAGCAGCAGAAAAACUGGACUAUCAAAAUUGUAAGAGACCUUCCAGUUCACGAAGAUGCAGUUCGAGUUGGCAUCGUACAAUAUUCCGAAAGGAAUGAUAUUAUAACACAUUUGGAAACACUGAAAUUCAUGCCAGGAGAAGACACCAGAACUGGAGUAGCGUUGAGUAAAGCAGAUGAUGAGAUUUUCGACUAUGAUGGAGGGGCGAGACUAAAAGCCACUCGACUUAUCAUUGUUUUCACUGAUGGUCUUUCCAUGGAUAAACCAACUUUAGCGGCAAAAGCUCUCCGUAGAAAAGGUGUCAAAAUUUACACGAUCAGUGUAAACAGCAUCGGGUUCGUUCCGGAAAUGUUGGGAAUCGUUGGUGAUGCGGAUAAUGUUUUCGGACCCACAGAUGAAAAUCGGAUUGAAGAACGCCUUCUUGGUGAAGUAGAAAGUUCCAGAUCGUGUGAAAUUCAACCAAGGAAAAAUGAGAAAACCACAAGUUCAUUUGGAUGGAGGAUAACUGACGCUGCAGCAAUUGUUUCUCCGGUCACAGAGGCAGCAGUUGUUGUUUCUGAUUCCACCUCCGAGAGCACCUCUGAAAGCAUUUCUACUACCAUUGCUUCCUUAAAUGCUAGCUUCAAAUCAAAUGAGUCAAAUAACAGUGUGGAAAACAUUGGACAUAAUGAAACAUCUACCACUGAUUCCAGUUUGAGCAAUGUUAUUUCCACUAUUCUUCCAACAUCUCACACUUGGAAAGAGCCCGUUCAACUGUUCACAGCGGAAACCGAGUCGACACAUGAGAAUAAGGUGUUGAACUUGACAAAUUUGAAAACUUCACUGUCAGAAGAAUCGAAUACAUCGGAAGCAAAGGAUAAAACUGGAAUUGAUCAUGAAUCUACAAGUACUGAAACUGUAGCAACCGAAAAUUCCACCGAUUCUGUAGAAAGAAGCAGUGUCCCCGCGACGACUGAAACCAAAACUGAGACACCAAGAACACCAACUGAGAAUACGGGGGCUUCCACUACAGUAUCAACCACACUGCCUCCUGGAACCACAAUCUGCAUCAAUCCUCCAACAUCUACACCCAGUUCAUCCAGUUCUGCUCAUUUCUCUACCAAAUCUUUCUUGGUAAAACUUGGAGUUAAAAAAGAGAAGAAGGAAAAAGACCCGUUGAGCAAGUUCUUGGGAAGAGACGUUCCAAAUGGAAAUAGCGUGAAAGAAGAAUUGGAUCUUGUGAAGAGCAAGUUGGACAAUAGUUCAGUGGAGAAGGAUUCAGAGAAUUCUUCUGAAACAAUUGAAACGAAGACUCCUACGUCUGCUUUACCUACAUCCAAAUUUUUAUUUUCUACGAAAGUCACUUUUCGACCAAUGUCGACUUCCACAACCACAACGUCAACCACUUCAGAUUCAACAACAGCGAAAUCUACCACAACUUCACCUACCACCACUACCAUUACGACUACACCAGUAACAAAUUCUAAAAAAUCGAUCAAAACUGAAGCUACCACCGAAAAUACCACCACUACUACAACGCAGUCCCCUUCCUUCACCCCUCUUGCAAAAUCUUCGCUUAGUCUUCAAACUUUUUCGGAAGUGACCGCAUUCCCAACUUUACUCAGCAUGGAAAAAGCAGUAAGUCGUGUUGUGACACUUCCCAUCAACAACGCUGUCACUGCACUAGGUGUAAGUAAACCAAUAAAGAAGAAAAUUCGAAGGAUAAUAAAACGGAGAAGAAAUAUCCUAUCGUCUAGCAAAGCAAAGAAAGUGACAAAAAAAGUUCUAGAAAUUAAAAGGGUACCUACGCCAACGACUCCACCAAUCAGAAGUACUCUGAGACCUUUGAUAAUCGAAGAGAAGGAGGAAGAAAUAUUUUCGGCCAGUGUUCAAUGUCCAAUGGACAUACUAUUUGUUGUCGACAGCUCUGGGUCUAUUGCACGCACUUAUGACACUCAAAAGGACUAUCUUACACAACUCAUCAAAAAAGUAGAACCAAGCCGGAGCCACCGAGUGGGUCUAAUCCAGUUUGCCGGUCCCCAUAUACAAAAAAUGGAAUGGUCUUUUGACACUCAUUCGAAGAACUCACAACUCUUGUCUGCAAUCAGAAGUGUGCGGCAUUUAACAGAUUUUGCAAGUUCCAAUUUCUCUUGUCCAGGAACUACCUACAUUGGAGCCGCUUUGGAAUUGUCAUUGAUACUUUUGGAUUCCAGAAGAAAGCAUACAGAAACUACAGUAAUUUUGAUCAGCGAUGGAAGCACUGAGGAAGAUUUUAUCAUUCUAAAAAGCUUCAGAUUCUCUCAAGAUGAUUCAACUCAACAAGCGAAACUUCUCAGACAACUUCCGAAUGUGAAGAUGUAUGCAAUUUCCUUGAACAAAUUGACAAAUACAAAAUACCUCACAGAUAUUGUGGGUGAUCGCAAAAAUCUGUUCAUCAAUGAUGAAAGCCAAUGGUUCGAAGAAUUUUUCACCAAAAAGUUGCGAUGUGUUCCAACGACUCGAUAA